GUUCAGGCAAGCAAACACUUAACCAUCAGUUCACUGAAAAUAAACUACAUUCAGAAUUAUUGGCAUCGUCCUAGAUUCGCUUAUGAAUGUAGUGUUUGGGGGGAUUUGAUCUAAUUUCCGCUAUCUCUUGUCCAGCAAAACAUUGUUUGGAGGCCUGUUGCGACACUAAAUCCUGUGGAGACAAGGCCGAAAAGGAAGAUAUGCCACACAACGAGUUGUUAUUGUUGGACCUUAUUUUGCUUAUCCAUCUCUUAAAAAUGAGAGCGAGUAGCUGAACAAAGCUACUUAACUCCGUCUAGGUCUCAUACUCCGACAGAGUGGAGGAUCUUUAAAGGAACGCGACAACUAACUAAGCUAGCUGAGAAACUUGGAUAGCAGUACAGCUAACGCAAGCAAGGGGAUUGUCAGCAAGGAGAGUCCUACGUAGCUUUCCAAUAACAACCAGUGGAGAGCGCAUCAAUAUUUUUUUUUCGAGCAUGAUCGAAAACAACUGACAGAGUAUUUGAGUUAAGUAAGUCGCUAACUGUGAAUUUUAGUAGUGUUGAGCUAAUGUUUGGGGCUACCUCAUGUAGCAAUUAGCAAAUAUCGAGACACAGACCAACUGUAGAAGGAGUUGUUUUAUUUAGUCAGUAAGUAAGCUUCUCACGUAUUUUACUACCACAAAUUCAGAAACUGUUUUGCUUACGGCGGGGACAGAAGGACUUAGUUAACGAAUUUGCUUCCUGUUUAUCUUAGCCUCUAGCCUUGGGUCCUCGGCUCAUCUCGCGAGGCCAAUUUGCAUUUAUUUGUUAUCUGUAGUUUGGCAGUCAUUAUUAGCAAGGCCAUAGGCUGCAUGUUGUAACAGAAGUAACUUUAAAGUAUUUUAGGUGCUAUUUGCUUACGUCAGUGUUCACAUGGUCGCUGGUCUCUCGCGCUUUCAGCUGACUAAAACCAGUGUAUUUGCCGGGUGUAUGGUUUAACCCGUUAAGUAUAGUUUAAAUGAGCUUCGUACAGAUGUUAUCAAAGUUAAUAAGACUCUCUCUUUGAUGAAGCUUCACUGUUUGGAUGUCUGGGUCUGUGGUUAUUUUUGGCUCAACUUGGCCCUGUUAACACCAUCUGUGCUGUUGCUGACCACAGAGGACAUCUUUUAGGUCCUCCUUCAGUGUAAGUGACUGACACAAGGUCAAAACCAACAAAAAUGAACCGUUACUUACCUGUUGCACGACAGCACUUCUUAAGCGCCCUUGCUAGCACUAGUGUAGUGGUAAAAUCCAUCUGUGCCACUGUGCUCGUUCUCUACCUGCUUUCAUGGGCUGUGGAUACAUCGUACGCACUCGGCGUAACGCCGGGCUUCCUCUUUCCUCCGAACUUUUGGAUUUGGACCCUGGUGACUCAUUCUGUAGUGGAGCAGCACGUAUGGGGCAUGGCUGCAAACAUUGGCACCGUAAUGGUCGCUGGCCGCCUGCUGGAGCCUCUGUGGGGAGCACUGGAACUGCUAAUUUUCUUCGCUGUGGUGAACGUGGCUGCGGGGCUCCUUGCUGGCCUCUCCUAUCUUCUCACUUAUGCUGCUACUUUUGACCUGGACUACCUGUUUGCCGUGCGCAUAUACGGCACGCCUGCCUUUUUGGGAGGUGUGUUGGUGGCGCUGAAACAGACGACCGGAGACACUACAGUGCUGCGUGUGCCGCAAGUGCGUCUGAAGGCAGCGCCCGCGUUGGCGCUCUUGGCGCUGGCCGUGCUAAGGCUGGCGGGGCUGCUGGAGAGCACAGCUCCCUUGGCCGCGUGUGGUUACGGCGCCCUAGCUGGUUGGGUCUACCUGCGGUUCUACCAGAGGCAUAGCCGCGGGCGAGGGGACAUGUCUGACCACUUUGCCUUUGCCUCGUUCUUCCCGGAGGCACUGCAGCCGGCUGUGGGGUUCGGAGCGGGGCUCAUACACUCGAUUCUGGUAAAGAUGAAGGUGUGUCGGAAGAUGGUGAAACGUUACGACGUCGGGGCGCCGUCUUCCAUCACCAUCAGCCUCCCCGGCACGGACCCCCAGGACGCAGAGAGGAGGAGGCAACUGGCGUUAAAAGCCCUGAACGAACGUCUGAAGCGUGUGGAAGACCAGUCUGCUUGGCCCAGCAUGGAGGAUGAGGAAGAUGAUGAGGAGGACGAGGUGCGAACUGACACUCCAUUACUCCCAGCCCGGGAAGCCCCGUCCCCAGCAGCUAAGCCCACCCAGAAUCUCACGGGACAGGAGUCCAGCAUCAUAAGCUUUGAGGACGCUCCAGCUCGCUCUUAACACACACACACACACAUUUCAACAUUGAUAUACAGAUUCACUUUGUGGACACAAUCAUAGGACUUAACCAGACACACAGACAGACAGAAUGACCUCAUAGUACUACACUUCCACAUAAACACACACAGACUUGAUACAUGGCCCGGUACAUAACACAAUAAUCACCCAUACAGCUUAACACACCAAGAUGCGUGUUGAUACACAGAUAUGCUCUGCUUUGAAGUUGUACAAAAAAUUGUUUUGGACCCACCCAGACUCUGCAGUUGUGGCAUCAAGUGAUCUUGCAACGUACAAAGAAAGAUGUCUUAUUUCCUCUGUGUUAUCCCAGCUGAUUGUGUGUGAGGUGCUGGGAUAUUCUUUCAUAAUAAAAGUUAAAAUGGCCAAUAGGACCUCUCUUUUAUUUAGACUUCUUGGGCCACAGACUCUUUCAAAGACUUAUGGGUAGCUCCCAUACUUUCUUCACUUUCCUCUAACAGGAAAACAGCCUAGUUUCCGUGUUUUUUCUAGGUCAUAUUUUUUGUGCUGAGGCCGAGUUAGAUUGUGACUGUUUCUCUCUUUUUUAUUUUAUUUUUGCUCUGACACAAAGAACACGAUAGUUGAAAAUCUACAGACUGGUUUCCCAAAGGCUGUGGAUUGUUUAUGCAAAUUUUGGACCAUCUCUGAGGCUGUGAGAGCAGUGUAACUCACUGAUUGGUCAAAUAAUGGAGGAGACUUUGCCAGGAGGC